AUGAGUUCUGACUAUUCUAAACAAUAUGCGGAUUUUAUAGGGGCGCUUGAAAAGCUCUUCCACAUAAAAUCUAAUGAACCUAUCGAAGAUAUGUGCAGUAUAAUUACAAAUACUUUAAUUUCAAAGUAUCAACUUUCAAUCAAGCAACUUACAAAGUUAAUUCAUGAGGCAAUUAGAUACAAUUAUGCAUCCGGAGCGAAUUACGUCAAAAUACUCGAACAGAUCGGGGCUUACCUAACCGGAGUUUCAGAUUACCAUUUUGAAACGGAGGGUUCGAUUAAAUUUAUAGUUAUGCAUGAUCAAAUUGAUAAGUUCAAGGAAUAUUUAACUCAAAAUUCAAUACCGGAUGACGUUUAUUUCCUAAUUCCUAAUUUCAGGAACAAUGCUUUCGAUAAGGGUUAUUUUGCAGUCUUAUCUCUAAUUGAAGCAUGUGCAUACUUUGGAUCUGUUAACAUUUUUUAUUUCUUAACUUCAAAUCAUAUUAGUGAAAUAACUGAAAAUUGUCUUUGCAGCGCAUUAAUUGGAGGAAAUCAAGACAUCAUCAACGAAUGCUUGAAAGAACAUAAAAUGGAUAUUGAUUGUCUCAGAAGCAUUAUAAGAACACACAAUCACAAAUUGCUUGAAUAUGUUUUAGAGAGAGAGAUAUUCGAACUUGAUAAUUUUUAUGGCGAGAUUUGGAAGUAUGGAAAAGAAGAGAAUUGGAUGAAUGAUACAAGCUAUAAACCUGUUUAUGAAGAUAUCAUCAGAUAUCAAAACCUUAAUGCUGUAUUUCUUCUAUUCAAAAGGAACAAAUAUUACAUCUUUCCAUGGGGUGCUGCAUUUUCGCAAACAAUAGAUAUUUUCAAAAACAAUACAUUUUCUAACAAACAUAAUCACACUAAAUUUGGAAUUAUUUAUUUUGCAUGUAAAGCGCAAAAUUCUAAUAUUGGCAGAUUAUUACUAGAGUCAUACAAUCAAAUUAUAGUCAACAAUAAUGAAGGAGGUGAUGAAUGUAUUUCACGUGGAGCAAAUAUCAAUGAAAAAGAUGAUAAUGGAAAAACCUCUCUUCAUUUUGCAGCAAAAAAUAAUAUUAAAGAAACAGCAGAACUUUUUAUUUCAUAUGGGGCAAAUAUCAAUGAAAAGGAUAAUAAUGGAGAAACCGCAUUUCAUAUUGCAGCAGAAAAUAAUAGUAAAGAGAUCGCAGAGCUUCUUAUUUCACACGGUGCAAAUAUCAAUGAAAAAGAUAAAUAUGGCCAAACCACUCUUCAUAUUGCAGCAGAAAAUAAUAGUAAAGAGAUCGCAGAGCUUCUUAUUUCACACGGUGCAAAUAUCAAUGAAAAAGAUAAAUAUGGACAAACCGCUCUUAAUAUUGCAGCAUAUUAUAAUAAUAAAGAAACAGCUGAACUUCUUAUUUCACAUGGUGCAAAUAUCAAUGAUUACUGGUAA